AUGUCAAUACCCUUACAUUCACUGCGAUUCAGCAAUGUGCUGACGGAGGAAAGUGUCGACCCCCAAAACAGGGAGACGACCUGCUCUGGACCAAUGAUAGAGAACAGAGCAGAGGUCCAAAUUCUGCAUUCUAGUGUCCAGCCUAUGGUCUCAAGUUCAGCGUCAGACCCUGGAGGGAUGUCCACACAGCUGAUGACAUCCCCAGCCUUUGACACCAUGGCCGUACCUCUAAUGGGAGCAGCAAACUCUGGAGCACUGUCCCCACCACUAAUGCCAGCCUCAGACUCUGGGACACUGUCCCCAUUGUUAAUGCCAGCUUCAGAUUCAGAGGCACUGUCCCCAUUGUUGAUACCAACCUCAGACUCUGGGGUGCUGUCCCCAUUGCUAAUGCCAGCCUCAGAUUCUGGGACACUGUCCCCAUUGCUGUCCACUUCAGAGUAUGGAUUAAUGUCCCCAGGGCUGAUGACAAUUCCUGACUUUGGAACAAUGUCCACGGCACUCAUGGCAACACCAGAUUCUGCAGAAAUAUCACCACUGGCAAUGCCAGCUCCGUCCUCUGAAGCGAUGUCCACACCAUUGAUGCUAGCCCCAGAUCCUGGAGAGAUCUCCCCACUCCUAAUGCCAGAUGUGAACCCCGGAGUGACGUCCCCACAGCCAGUGCCAGCUCCAGGCUCUGAAGGAAUGUCACCAUUGCAAAUUACAGACGAAGACACUGAAGCAAUGUCUAAAGUGCUAAUGACUGCCCUGGCCUCUGGAGAGAUCUCUUCACUGCUCAUGUCAGGCACAGACUCUGAAGCGAUCUCCUCGCUGAUAAUGUCAGCCCUAACUUCUGGAGCAACGUCCACCCAGCCAACGAGCACCCAAGACUCUGGGGAAAUGUCCACCCAGCUAAUGUCAGGCCCAGACUCUGGAGUAGUGUCUUCACCACUUAUGACAGCUCCAGGCUCCGGAGCAAUGUCCUCACUGUUCCUGUCAGUCCCUGAUGCUGGAGAAAUGCCCACAUUGCCAAAGCCAGCCCCAGACGCUGAAGCGAUGUCCCCACUGGUAAUGAUGGCCCUAACCUCUGGAGGGAUGCCCACCCAGCUGAUGCCAGCCCAAGGCUCUGGAGUGAUGUCCCCACGGUUAACACAAAAUCUAGACUCUCAAACUGUGUCUAGUCCACCAAUGAGAGCAACAGACUCCGGGGGGAUGUCCACACCGCCAGUGAGAGCCUCAGACCCUGGAGCAAGGUCGACACCGAGAAUGAGAGCCCCAGCCUCUGGAAAUGUGUCCACGUUGCUAAAGACUGUCCCAGACUCUGCAGCACUGUCCACCCCACUGAUGACGGUUGCAACCUCUGGAGCAAAGUGCACAGAGCAAAUGUCAACCACAGCCUCUAGAGUGAUGUCCACACAGUUAGCAAUGGCUAGAACUUCUGGAGCCACAUCCAUGGGCUUUAUGAAAGUCCCAGCCAAUGGGGCGAUGUCCGCACUGCCAAGUACAGCCCCAGUCUCUGAAACAAUGUCUAUGCUACAGAUGACAGCCUCAGCCUCUGGGUCAGUGUCCACACCGCAAAUGAGGGUACCUGUCUCUGGAGCAAUGUCUGUGUCACAAAGGAGAGCCACAGCCUCGGGAGUGACAGCUGUACCACAAAUGAGAGCCUCUGGAGCCCUGUCCACUCCACGGAUGACAGCCAAAGCCUCUGGAUCCAUGUCCACACUGUUAACGAGAGACACAGCCUCGGCAGUGAUGUCCGUGCCCCAGAUGAGAGCUAUGGCCUCGGGAGCAUUGUCCAAGCCACUAACAACAUCCAAAGCCGCAGAAGCAAUGCUCAUGCAGCAAAUGACAACUGCAGCUUCUGGAGAGAUCUCCACAAUGCUAAUGAGAGACACAGCUUCUGGAGCCGUGUCCAUGCCGCAGAUGACAGACACUGCCUCUGCAGCGAUGUCCACACCGCUAAUGACAGCCACAGCCUCUGGAACUAUGUCCAUGCCUCUAAUGAGAGCCCCAGGCCCUGGAGCCAUGCCCAUGGCACUAAUGAGAUCCACAGCCUCUGGAAAGAUGCCCAGUCAGCCAAUGAGCACCCAAGACUUUGGGGGGAUGUCCAUGUCACUCAGGAGAUCCAUGACCUCUGGAGGGAUGUCCCUACUGCAGACACAAGCCCCAGCCUCUGAAUUGAUGUCUACACCAAAAAUGAGAGCCCCGGCCUUUGGGGCGGUGUCCACGCCACUGAUGAGAGCCUCAGACCCUGGAGAGAUGACCCCAGCACUAACGAGACCCCCAGCUUCUGGAGAGAUAGCCACGCCUCUGAGAGCCCCAGCUUAUGGAGCAAUGUCUACUCCACAAAAGACAGCCACAGCCUCUGGAAUGAUGUCCAAGCCACAGAUGAGGGCUCCAGUCUCUGGAGAGAUAUCUACAUCGCUAAUGAGAUCCACAGCCUCUGGAGUGAUGUCCGUGCCUCAAAUGACAGCCGUGGCCUCUGGAGGGGUGUCCAUGCCACCGAUGAGAGCCCCGGCCUCCAGGGCAACAUCCACAACACAAAUGAUGCCCACGGCUUCUGGAGAGAUGUGCAUGCUAUCAAUGCGAGCCCCUGCCUCGGGAGUGAUGUCCCCGCCAUUAUUAAGGGCUCCAGUGUCUGGAAUUAUACCCAUACCCCUAAGGAGACCCUCAGCCUCUGAAGCUGUGUCCACAGAGUUAAUGAGAGCUCCAGCCUCUGGAAAGAUGUCCACCACACAAACAACAGCUGUGGCCUCUGGAGGGAUGUCCAAGCCAUUCAUUAGAGCCACGGCCUCUGGAACAAUGCCCAUGCCAUUGAUGUCAGCCAUGGCUUCUGGAGAGAUGUCUAUGCCACUGAUGAAGAGCAUGGCCUCUGGGGCAACAUGCACACUGCAAAAAAGGGUUGUGGGUUCUGGAUCUACUUCCUUGCCACAAAUGACAUACGCAACCUCCGGAGGGAUGUCUGCAUCACCGAUGAGAGCCUCAGCUUCUGGAGCAACGUCCGCAUCGCUUAUGAGAGCCUCGGCUUCUGGAAUGAUGUCCAUGCCAUUUCUGAGAGCCACAGCCUCUGGGGGGAUGUCCAUGCCACAAAUGGCGGCCACGGCCUCUAGAGGGGUAUCCAUGCCGCUAAUGAGGGCUCCAGUCCCGGGAGCCAUGUCCACACCACAAAUGGCAACCACAGCCUCUGGAAUGAUGUCCACUCUGGAAAUCAAAGCCAGAGACUCUGGGGAAACAUCUACCUCUCACAUCAACGUCACAGCCUCUGGAUCAAAGUCCACACCACGCGUGACUGCCACGACCCCUGAAACAAUGAACCAACCACCAGAGGAAGUCCCAUCUUUUGGCAUGCUGACCCCAGCACUCUGUUACCUCUUAGAAGAACAGGAAGCAGCCCGGGGUUCAUGCUCUGUGGAGGAGGAGAUGGAGAUUGAUGAGGAGAAGCAAAUGAAGGGAUUUUUGAACGAUUCAGAGAAAAUGGCCUUUCUGGUGUCUCUUCAUCUGGGGGCAGCAGAGAGGUGGUCCAUCUUGCAGAUGGAGGUAGGAAACCCCCUCUCCAAUGAAGAUAAAUCUUUCCUGAGCAGAUCCCAGGGCUUAUAUGACUCCCUAUCUGAAAUAGACAUCCUCAGUGCCGUUCUUUGCCAUCCCAAGCAGGGCCAGAAGUCAGUCAGGCAGUAUGCCACUGACUUCCUCCUGCUGGCCCGACAUUUGUCUUGGUCUGAUGCCAUUCUGCGGACCAGGUUUCUGGAAGGACUCUCGGAAGCUGUUGCCACUAAAAUGGGCCGGAUCUUCCUGAAGGUGGCCGGCAGCCUAAAGGAGCUAAUAGACAGGUCUCUCUAUACCGAGUGCCAGCUGGCUGGAGAGAAGGAUUCCCCGGGCAGCUCAAGCCAGGUUCUGCCGUCAGCCUGUAAGCGGAAUAACGAGGAUGCAAUGGAGAAUGAACUGAACUCUCAGCAGCAGACCGAGGAGCAUCAGCAUGUUCCCAAACGCUGUUACUACCUGAAAGAGCAUGGAGACCCUCAAGAGGGUCUGCACGACCACCUUCGACAGAGCACAGGCCAUCAGAAGGCCCCCACUAACAAGUAAUGCUACCUGGACUCUUCUCCUGUGAUAUCCAGCUUGGCUGCUAACUUGAGGACUGG